AGUUGCGUGAGAGCCUUUAACGGGGGAGGUGCUACUUAGCACUUACCGUGCGUGGCACCCUCUCCUCUUCUAAUCACUGCCAUUAAUAGUAUAUAUAUAUAUAUGUAUAUAUACAUACACAUACACACACACACACAUAUAUAAAUAUAUACAUAUAUGUAUAAUCGAAGGACAAAGUAGAAUAUAUCCGUGGCAACAAGGAAGGAAAUGUGAUGAUGCGUGAACUGUGACACGAAAACAGCGUGCAGUUCGCGAAGAUCAACGUAACGUGUUACACGACAGAUCGACAGAAAUAAAAUGUGCCACGGAAAGGGAAAACCGUAAGUGUUCUUGUUUCACGGAAGAAGAGAUCAUCGGACGUAUCGUUGUGUCCGUUGUUACUAGUGCUCCGCUUCGCGUGGCGAAGCACACGGUCGCGUUUCUUCGCUUCGAACACGCAUAGUGUAUUCAUCGUAUCUUUCUUCCUCUCCCACUUUUCUCCUUCUCUGCCUUUCGUCAUGUUCGUUUUGUGCAUCGACACGUUUACUGGCUGACGCGCAUCCGACGGCCUUGUUCUCCUCUGUGUUCUUUUCGCCUCUGUUCGCCUCGGUGUACGUUAAGGAGGAUAGCGUAAUAUGUCGCUAUCCGUGUGACGUCGUGACUGAAAGCGACGUCUUGGAUCCUAUGCACGACUCAAACGCGGAAGUUGGUGAACUUGUACAUCUGGUGUCCAGUGUGAUAUUUCUCGCCUCGAUCUCGUUUUCCAUUCUGUCGAAGAGGAUCCUCCUGUGACUCGUGCACGACCUUCCAAGAGCGUACAUACGGCGUCUUCCUGGCGCUGAUUGAGAUUUAAAUUCCACGGACCUUGGGCGAUUUAAAUGGGCCGUGAAAGCAUUCCAGCAGGUGCUAUGGGUGGAACCAGGAUUUCCACGAGCCUGCGAGGUUCACCUACGGCUCGGCUUAAUGCUGAAGGUCCACGCUGACUUUGACGCCGCCUUGAAGCACCUGACACUCGCUCUGAUCGAUGCCACGACACCUGCCUCCUUUUCCAAGCUCGAAAUAAAAUUUCACAUAGCACAUUUGUACGAGGUCCAGGGGAAAUAUCGCCUUGCCAAGGAGCAUUACGAGGCAUUGCUCAAGGAAAAGACCCUGCCUUCUCAUCUGAAGGCCGACAUUUGUCGUCAAUUGGGAUGGAUGUACCACGUGGUUGACUGCACGGUGCUUGGUAUAACGAGACAGCAGAAGCAAGCAAUCGCUAUACACUGUCUGCAAAAGUCCAUCGAGGCAGAACCGAAGAGCGGGCAAAGCCUUUACCUGCUGGGACGUUGCCUCGCCGCUUCUGGAAAAGUUCACGAUGCAUUUAUCGCUUACAGAAAUUCCGUGGAAAAGUCAGAAGGGAACGCCGACACGUGGUGCAGCAUAGGCGUUCUAUAUCAACAGCAGAAUCAACCUAUGGACGCUUUGCAAGCCUAUAUAUGCGCUGUACAGUUAGACAAAUCACACUCAGCUGCGUGGACUAAUCUGGGCAUUCUGUACGAAAGCGUUAGUCAACCGAAAGACGCACUAGCUUGUUACGUCAACGCAUCCAGGGGUAAUAACAAUACACCGAAUUGCACGGGCUCAUUGGCGGGCCUGGGUGGCGCUAAGUCAGGAGGUAACACCCCGAUGAACCCAUCGCUACAACAGCGGAUCAACUUUCUACAAAGUCACCUAAGCCAAGCACCAAUGCCAUCCGUCACCACCACCACCAAGAGACGGCAGCUGCCGUCUAUAGAAGAGGCUUGGAACUUACCAAUUAGUGCUGAGAUGUCCAGCAGGCAGCAACAACAGCAACAGCCACCCACUGGCCCGGGUUAUAAGUAUGGUGCUACACCAGCUGGGCCACCACCUCCUUAUCCUCAAGGACAAGGACAGAAUCUUAAUACAAAAAGAUUUAAGCCAGGGGAAGAACCAAUCUCUCCAGGUUCCCAGCAAAGACCACCGCCAUUUUACCUCACAUCUCAGCAACUACAGAUGUUGCAGUUUCUUCAACAAAAUCAUGGAAGUUUAACGACACAACAACAGGGUUUGCUUGUCCAGUUACAGCAACAGUACCGAUGCAUGCAACAACACCAACAACAAAUUAGGUUACAACAACAGCAAGCUACUCAAAGGGGGUUGCGACCUGGACAACCAGGUUAUCCUACUACAGGCUACAAUCAUACGCAACUAGGACAACCUGGUGUGAUCAAGAACUAUGGAAUACCUCAGCAACCGUUGCAGCAAGGUGGAACUGUUGCAUUACAAACAGGAUUCUCAGAUUCCAAUGUCGGUUACAACACGGCAGCGACUGGGAACAGCCAGACGCCAGGAAUGCCUUACAAAUCUGCCUCUGAUCCAAACUACCCUCAGAGACAAUUGACAUCCAACCAAUACAACCAAUACCAGCCUAACCAAUUCACUGCCCAGGGUUAUACUCAAAUAUCGUCCACAACGAGCAAUUAUCCAGAAGGCUCAGCAGGAAAUAAAGAUCUGGGUGUGACGGAUCAGGAGUUACAGGCUCUGUUAUCCCAGAAGGACAUAGCGACGUCAUUGGCGGAGGAUCUGUUGAAGCAUUUCGGAUCAGAAGAUUUAGACGUGAAGGAAGAGGCGCCGAGUAUCAUAAACAAUGGUACGCUAAGUUCAGGUCCGUUUUCACCGUCGAACCUUGAGGAGAACGCGGACAAGAUCAAAGAAGUGAAGCUGGAAAAGGUAGAGGACACUCAACCGUCGGCCACGUCCAAGCUCGAAGCGUACGAAAAGAGUAAUACAAAAACGACAACUCCAGCAGUUGAUACGGUGAAAUGCGAGGCGACGUCAAGUACAAAUAAAACUGAAUCGGUCGCUCGGAUCGAACCUGUGCUGAAAUUGGAAAGCUUGUGCGAAUCGCAACCUGAACAGGAACUUAGUAUAGACAUGGAUUCCAAAACUAUUAUAGAGGCGUGCAAAGGUCAGGGGUUGAAGGGUGUACCGAAUUGCUCCAUACUUAGCGAUCGUUCACCUCCACCCACGCCGCCUGAUCCUCCAAGUCAGAGGCUAACUAAGGAACAACUCCUACCCCCCACUCCUAGCGUUUAUUUAGAGAAUAAGAAGGAUGCAUUCAGUCCUCAACUUCAAGAGUUUUGUCUAAAACACCCGAUAGCUGUGAUCCGUGGCAUGGCAGCUGCUUUGAAGCUGGACCUUGGUCUUUUUUCGACUAAAACUUUGGUAGAGGCGAAUCCAGAUCAUGGUAUUGAGGUGAGAACGCAAAUGCAGCAAACUAGCGAUGAGAACUGGGACCCUGUAAUGGGAAAGAAAGUUUGGGGUUGUAUCAGUCAUAGAAGUCACACGACCAUCGCGAAAUAUGCACAAUACCAGGCAUCAAGUUUUCAAGAAAGUUUGAAGGAGGAAAAGGAAAAGGCUCAAGGUAUACAUACCUCGAAUCUAUCCGAUUCAGACUCAAAAGAUAGCACUGGGGCUGUCAGAAGGAAGAAAAACGCGUUUGGAUUGGCGGGUCGACCGGGUUCAAAGAUGUUGCGAUUUGGGACCAAUGUAGAUUUAUCAGACGAGAGAAAGUGGAAACCGCAGCUCCAGGAGCUGAUGAAAUUACCAGCGUUCGCUAGAGUCGUAUCGGCUGGAAAUAUGCUCAGUCAUGUCGGACACGUUAUUUUAGGCAUGAAUACUGUCCAAUUAUAUAUGAAGGUGCCAGGUAGUAGAACACCUGGCCAUCAAGAAAACAACAAUUUUUGUUCUAUUAAUAUCAAUAUUGGACCAGGAGAUUGCGAGUGGUUUGCAGUGCCUGAUGCAUACUGGGGUGUAAUUUGCUCUCUUUGUGAGCGGAAUAGUAUCAAUUACCUUCAUGGUAGUUGGUGGCCUUCUUUAGAGGACCUAUAUGAUGAAAACAUUCCUGUGUAUAGGUUUUUACAAAGACCAGGUGAUCUUGUCUGGGUUAAUGCGGGUUGUGUGCACUGGGUUCAAGCUGUUGGAUGGUGUAACAACAUCGCAUGGAAUGUGGGUCCUUUGACUGCUCGACAAUAUCAACUGGCAAUUGAACGAUAUGAGUGGAAUAAAUUGCAGUCGUUCAAAUCCAUUGUACCAAUGGUACACUUAUCCUGGAACUUAGCAAGAAAUAUCAAAGUGUCAGAUCCCAGAUUAUUUGAACUAAUUAAAAAUUGUCUAUUAAGGACAAUGAGACAGUGUUGCUUAAUAUUAGAGUUUGUGAAAAUUAAAAGUGUGGAAGUUCGGUUUCAUGGACGAGGAAAAAACGAAGCAUCGCAUUACUGCGGACAAUGCGAGAUUGAAGUGUUUAACAUCUUGUUCAUAAGAGAACAGGAGAAACGACACGUCGUACAUUGUAUGGAUUGUGCACGAAAACAGUCCCCAUCUUUAGAAGGGUUUGUUUGCUUAGAAGAAUACAGAAUGCGAGAUUUAAUGGACGUUUAUGACGGAUUUACUUUACACACUUCUCUAACAACUCCCUCAUCAGUUCAGUCUAACCAAUCCUCCUGAGAAUACAUGCAACACAGAUAUCUGGACUUCCUAGGCACUUUACAGUGACUUAGAUAGUACAAUAUCUGUGUUUGAAAAGAAUCUUUAUAAUAAGCAUUAUUUAAGUACCUGGGAGCUACUAUAAAAAAAUGAAGAAGAGCAGAAAAUUUUAUAUGUUAAACUACAUAAGUCGAACAUCUAUUUCCAUGCUAAUUUUAAGGUACGCACAAUACAUGUUAUAUAUAUGAAGCAAUUGAAAAUUUCAAAUUUUUUUUAGAAUUAAUUAGCACUGAUUACAUACACAAAUUGAGACGUAUAUUCGGAAAAUUUUCUAUUGAAUUGAUAUAAAAUCAGCGAAACACUGCUCUAGCUCUCGGGUAUAGAAAAUCGAAAUUAAGUAAACGAGAGAAGACUGCGUUUUACUUAUAAAUUACUCAAUAUCAUCAUUUGUAAUCCUUUAAUGGCACAACCAUGAUAAUGUGCAUAAGCUUUGCAAUAAGAAAUGCUUGACAUAGUUAUCAAACUUGGCCGUGUUCCUUAUCAGUUUUAUAUCAUGGCAAGUAACUACAAAACAAGCAUUCAAUAUUCAUUUUUGUCACAAACGAUAGAAAAUCUCUUUUUUUUUAUAUCGUUCAUAAAUUACACGUUUCGAAAUUUUUACGAAUAACAAAAAGAAAAGUUAGAAAAAAUUUUCUUAUAAUCGAGAAACAUCGCGGAAUUGUUCACUGCCAAUCGUGAAUAUAUUAAAGGAUUACACUGUAACAGUCCACAAUGAUGAGGGAUAAGCUGUCGUUAACUAUUAUUAUGAAUUAAGAUACAAUUGUAAAGUAUCACCAAGCUGCUCAAAAAACAUACUUGUACAUUUUUGUAUGCAAGCGAAUUGAAACGAUUAUUGAUUUUUAUGAAAUUCAUGGGAAUAUUAGCACAGUUUCGAAUGUCCUACUGCCAAUGACGAUUCGAUUUUUUAAAUCGCAGCAACGAUUAUGUUUUUAUACUAAACUCGAAGACAAUGAGAUCAGUAUCUGAUUGAGAUUUAUUAAGGAAAUAAUUAUUAAAUAUAUGGCAGCAAAUUAAAAAAAUUGAACAAAAAAGUGUUAACAGUACAGUGACAUUCGUGACGAAUAUCGUGCUUUAAAUAAAUCAAUCAUUGUGUCAAGCAAAAAAUAGCGGCUCUAAAACAUUAGUACAGUAAAAGAUACUGUUUAUAAUAAUAAUUUCUAAGAUAAACCAACCUCCGUUUUUAGGACAAGGGGACGAUAACGUGUUGCGAUCAGCUCAUAAAACGGCGUUUCUCAAUUUAUUUUUUGUUUAUUUUCAUAAACAGAAUAAAAAGAGAAACGUGUGAUAUUCUAAAUAUCGGAAAUCAUGUGCUGAAAUCAUUUGAAUUUUUCUAUCAUAAUUAAGUCAAUGAUAAAGAAUAUUUAUUAAUUGUAAAUGAAUUUGUUUCAAAUGAUUUUUAAUUAUAGAAAAUCUUCCAUCAAUUUUUACAACCUAUUCGGUACAUGAAGGAUAGAAUGCUAUAGUCUAAUGGCUUAUUUUAAUUAUUAUUUAAGGUAACACAAUUAUAGAAUAUUAGUACAAUUUUAACGAACUUAAGGACGGAAUAUAAGAUCAGAUCAACGUUAAGAAAAAAGUUGGGAAACGCUGCCUGUCUAACAAUGAGUUAAUCGUAUCUUAAAGCAAAGGAGAAGCGUACCUUCAACUCAGUCUCGUCAAUUCACAUUGGUGUCUGUAACGCCAAAUGUACGUGCCAGAAAACAAAAAAAAAAAAGAAAAACUCUUACCUACCACAAGUGUAUAAAUAAUGCAAUUCUCGUUCCGCCGAAAAGAUGUAUUUUCACAAACGCAUGAGAGAGAGGGAGAGAAAGAGAGAGAAAAUGGAGAAAAAAAGCAAAAAAUGGUAGAUAGUACAGGUCGUAAUAAGAUCAUCGAAGAACGAUGUAUUUUUGAAAAUCCUAGGAAAUACUAGUUCCGCCGAGUUAGUUAAUCACGAACGAUAACCGCAUUUCUUUUAUACGCGCGACCAAUUUCAAUGUUGCACCAUUCGAUUGCAAUAUAUGUGUAUACAUAUAUAUACAUUUGUACAUGUAUAUAUGUGUAUUUCUACAUCAUUUACAGCGAUGGUAUAUGCUAGUUUCCUGAUGUAUUAACCCGCUCUAUCGAUGAUUAUUAAUGAAGAUUUUCCGGGUUGAAAAAGCUCGUGUCCAAGAGUAUUUUAAUCCAUGCACUCAAAUGAUCUCAAUGCAUGUAAUAUUGGCAGUACAUGACAAUGAAUUCUGCCAAUAUUUCGAACUGACUUGACAACUUUGAUUAACGAUUAAUUAAAUUAUGUAUAAAUAUAUUUAAUGUAAAAAAUAAGAUUAGGUAACGUAAAAUGAAUCGAAACAGAAUGGCUCAAGAGCUUCAAUAGUUAAUAACGAACAAACUGAAAGCGGUCCCAUCGUGCACCGCUAAGCCUGUUUUGCUGUGACCUAUGGAUAAUCUAAACCAGUUCGUAUUCGAAAUUGAGAAGAUGAUUUUCUCUGAAGGUGUGCGACAUUGUAUAGAAAUUACUUGACAUUGCGCUAUUUAAUUCCAGUUGUUAUAUAUAUAUAUAUAUAUAUAUUAUAUAUUUGUUAUAUAUAUAUAUAACAACCCACACACACACAUAUAUAUCAUGUAUAUAUAUAUAUAUACAUGAUGUGGGUUUUAUUAUUUUUUUCUCAUUCUUUUUUUCAUUUAUUAUGUGCCAAUGCAUGUUAAUCGGCAAUACUGAGAAAAUUUACUCAAUACAUUAUGCUAAAUAUAUAUAAUAUCUAAUGAUGCUACAUUGCAAAUGAUUCAAAGGUUUAGAAUAAUUUUUACGGAAUAUAUACAAUUUGUAAUAAUGAAAUGUAUUGAGUAUAUAUAUAUAUAUAUAUAUAUGUUAAAAUUUUAUCAACGAUAUGUAUUGAGAUUGCGUUGUUUAACGGUGGUUUUAUUACAAAUGGUUCACAGCACUGGCAGCUCAAGUUUGUUAGUAGUUACUUUAAUAUUUUAGAAAGUUUUAGAUCCUUCGAAUAGUAUGAAGUUUCGUUCGUAGGUAAACUGCAUACACAACAUGACUUAAGAUAAGAAGACAUUGAGAAAAGUGUACUUUUCUUAGCAAUCACACGUGUAUCUUUUUACCUACAAAUGAAAUACUUGUAAUGGAGCGGAAAGUAAUUUUAUGAAAUUCAAAUGAAAUAAUUUGUAAAGGAUAAAAGCGGAAAGUUGUGGCUAAAUAUUGGUAAACUCUGACGGCAGUAAAUGUCUUUGAACGUAAAAGGCACGUGAUCGAAAUAAGAAAAAAUCUUUUUCUUUAGAUGGGUUUCUCUUCAAUUUUCCCUUUUGGAUAUUUCGUAAAAGUAUGCUGGAAUUAUGCAGGAUGAUUUGAAAAUCUGGUAUAACAAAUUUGAACAAUUGGCAGUAUUACUUCUAGUAGCACUUUAUUAUUAGAAUUGCAAUAAUAUUAAUUUAAAUUAUAUCGUCACUUUAAACAUCACAUGAUAAGGAAGGCUAGAUGUUAUUUAUCUAAAAAAAGAAAAUUCAUUUUUUUAAUGUACUAGAUUUUUAUGACAACCUGCAAGAAUGUCAUAUCUUAUGUUAGGGAAAAGAAAUAUAAAGAAAUAUUAGAUCCGAUAAAGUGUAUUACUCGAAAUAGUCGACCAGUUAAUGUAAGCUUUCGAAUACCAUUUUUGUUUUAGUUAUAAUUUAAUUGGUUCUUAGGAAGUUUACAUUCACUAGUCAGUAUAUAUAUAUAUAUAUAUAUAUAUACAUCUUGACAUACUAAAUAGUUUCUUUUGUGUUUAAUCAAAUUUAAAUGGUGUAUCGAUACAUCUGUCCAAUGAAUUAUGAAUUAAAUCUGAGAGGGAAAGCCAGAAAGAACUCGAGCAGUAGUUGUAUUAACUUAUCAUUUAAUGGAAUUGUAAGUAACUGUAAAUAUCUGAUUUUUUUUUAAACGGAGAACAGUAGAAAAACAUGAGGGCAGAAUUGUAUAUUAAGUACAUUCUUGUAAUAAUCACUUAAUUGUUUAUCCUGCACUUAUUGCAGAUUUUUCAAAGUCUCAUAUUUUGAUACUGACUACUCGAGGAAUAAUCGUGACAUUGGUGAUUUUUUAGAGAAAUAUUAUGCAAUUUAGUAUUGCGCACAAACGCCAUAUAUAAUUAUCAGGAGCAGAAGUAAUCGAGUGAUCCCCUUGAAUUCGUUAUCUUGGACAAUUACUUAAAAUGCAGAAAAGUGGCGCACAUACAAAAUUGCGUACUUCGAAAAGCAGAGGAAAAUGAAAGAAGACAAGCCAGAAAAUUAAGGAGCACACAUAUUGAAACAUAUUUUCGCUAAACAGUGUACGAAGAGUUUGAGUUCUAUGCUUACGGAAUGGUUGGAAUGUUAACGAACAGGCAUAAAAAAGAAGAUUUAUUUUUUCUGAACAAUAGCGGGUAAAAAGUAAUAUUUUCGAAUUCUGUAAUGUCUGUAAAGUGAAAAGUAGCAAACCAUAGCAGAAAGAAAGAAAGAAAGAAAAAAGGAAAGAAAAGAAGAUGAUGAGGAUGAUGAUAACGAUUCACGUAGCUUAAAAACUUGUAAAACUGUAUUUUAAACGUGAGAACGUUCACUGCCAAAUUGUGAUAAACAAAUCCCACCUUUAAACCGGAGCGUUUUCUUAACUUCUGAUCGCAUUGACCAAUUAUUUCCUCCCAAAUAGUUACCGUGAGUUCUGCACAUUCUGAUAUAAUAGUCAUCUAUAUUUUUCCUUAAUGUUUAAGAUAUAUAGCGUCGAAGAAGAUAUAGCGUUGACCAAUGCAGCUAGAAUCGAAGGAAACCGCUCCCUAUUUUAAGUGCGUAGCAUCGUAACAAUGAGAAGAAUAAAACAGAAAAAAAAGGAAAUAAAAGGAGCAAGCAAGAAAGAAAUGAAAGAAGAUCGUAUCGAUAUUUUUAAACGGGCACGUUUUAACUGUUUAAAAAAUAGUACCCAUCUGGACCGCCUAUAGCGCUCUUCUAUAGUAUAUUGUAUGUUUACGUGUACAGUGCCUUUAUACUUGAAAAAGAGAGAAAAUGAAAAAAAAAGAAUGGAAAAGAACUUUUUAAAAGAAAAAAAUGAUACCUUCGUUUUCGAGAAAUCAAUGUACACAGACGAUUUUCCAAAUUUUUGACGCGAAAUAGCGUGUACAAUUAUCGUGAACAAAAGAAACGGGGCAACAUGAACGAUGGAGACUCUUGCAUUAAUUUCUCGAAAAGUCAAGACGUGCGGUCCCUCCUACGUGUCGCAGAACAUUCUUUUAAUUAGGUUGAAAUUGUAAUAAUUACCUAAUUAUAAUUAAUGUAAUUAGAUUAUUAUUAUGAAGUACGUUGUAAAAGUGUACAGUUGGAUCGGGUGAUCUCUUUAUGCGGGAGAUCAUGCUGUAGCUAGCCUUAUUAUUAUCAUUACGACUAUUAUUAUCAUGAAUUAUUAUUACGGUUAAUUAAAAUAUAUUGUGUUUACCAUAAUAAUGUAAUAUACAGUUACACAGAGCUCGACUGUGCUGUACAUUAUGAUUAUCAACACGAACGCUGCUGCCCUGCAAUUAUUAUUAAAUUGACUUUUCCCAAAAAAAA